AUGUCUUCAUUACGAAAGCCCAAUGCUAGCAAAGAUGGUCCGAAACCUCGAUUCGCUGGUACGCGGCCGCACAAUCCUGCGCGCGCGUUACGUGAGCGUCAAGAACGCCAACAGGCCAGCGCGCAAGUGUCCUCGCGCAAUGCCUCCGUCUCAUUCGCGCCAUCCACCAAACCUGCGGCGGCGGCUCCUUUGGUGAGCUCGUCGAGACAGCAAUGUCCAAAUAAGGCGUGUCCAAAGCCCAACGUCGUGGACGGUACCUGUCGAACAUGUGGUCGUAUCGCAGACGAGUCCAACAUCGUGGCGGAAGUCCAGUUCGGAGAGACGAGCAGUGGUGCAGCCAUGGUGCAGGGGAGCUUCAUCGGCGCGGACCAGGCUGGUGUCCGUAGUUCGGGCCCGGCUUUUCGACGCGUGGGAGGAACGGAGGAUCGAGAGAAGAGCAUUCGUGAAGCCAGGGGUCUCAUGCAGGGAUACGCGCAGCAGCUCAAUGUUAGCGAAAGCCUGGUCACAUCAGGGACGCAAGUCUUCAAGCUCGCCUCGAGUGCCAACUUUGUGCAGGGCCGGACAAUCAUGAGUGUGGCGGCUGUGUGUCUCUAUGCUGCGUGCCGUGCCGAACCACCUUGCAAGCUCAUGCUGAUUGACUUGGCGGAUCUAGUGCAGAUGAACGUUUUCAAGCUUGGGCGCAUCUUCAAGAAGCUGAAUGAGGUUGUGCCUAUCGGAAACGACGGCAUGAUACCGGUUUAUCCUGAAGACCUGAUUUGGCGGUUCGCUACCAAGAUGGAGUUCCACCAAGACACAGCCAAAGUCGCCGAGGACGCAGUACGACUGGUCAAGAGAAUGAGUCGAGAUUGGAUGGUCAUGGGCCGACGACCUUCUGGGAUUUGUGGCGCCUGUCUACUCAUGGCAGCACGAAUGCACAAUUUUCGACGGACUGUGCGCGAGGUGGUCUACAUUGUCAAAGUGACGAAUCAUACGAUUCAGAAUCGCCUUUCCGAAUUCAAGGUCACCGAGUCGAGUGAAAUGACAGUGGAGGACUUUUUGAAGCAAGAUUUCCUGGAAAGCGCACAUGACCCUCCCAGUUUCUACCGCAGAACUGAGGAGCAUCAGCGGUUGCUGGAGGAUAAAGGACUGAAAAGAAAGCGACCCGCUGGGGAGGGAGCCCCCUUUCGACGAAGAGAGAGCGUUGCUGGAGGUGCAGACAUGUCGAAAGCGCCCGCGGUUGAGUACCGUCGCGACGCUGACGGCUUUGUUGUGCCCUUCAAGCCGUCCGAGAUACCACGAGACGAACAGAAAGAUGCGGCGGCCGAGAAGGAGAUUGAGAAUCUGGUUCAGGAGUUUGGGGACGAAAUGGAGGAGCAGGAGCAGGCAGAUGGGCGUAAGAAGAAGUCUCAGCUGCCGAUCAACGAGGAGUGGGAAGAGGACGAGCAGGAGCUGGAGGAUCAGAUUGAAGAGAUCUUCAACGACCCAUUAACACAACAACAUGCCCUAGUGUACAACCCUGCCGAGCAGCGGGCACGCAUGCAUUCUCAUUGGGCUCUGCAACAGCGUCCCCUAAAGGAGGUCAGCAUGUCCGCCGAAGUACAGGAGGACGAGUUCGCCAAUGACCCCGAGGUCAUGAACUGUCUCUUGUCUCCCGACGAAGCACGCAUCAAGGAGACCAUCUGGGUCAACCAGAACAAGGAAUGGCUGCGGCAGCACCAGGAGAAGGUGUUUCGGAGAAAGGUCGAAGCAGACAAGCCCAAGCAAACACGAAAACGCAAAAAGCAGAAACGCAUGGGCGAAGGUCAAACCAGUCCAGCCAGCUCUGCCGCAGAGGCUGCAAUUGGCGUCGCCAAGGACAGAGCUUGGAGCAAGAGGAUUAACUAUGAUGCCAUCCGGAGCAUGUUUGAUUCAGGACCUGGCGGUGGGCUUGGCUCUGAGGCGACGAGUCGCAAGACCAGCGUGGCGGGCAGUGUGCUCGGCGAACCACUCGAGCCGGUGGCUGGUCAGGCCGAGAACGAGGAGCCUGAAGCGGAAGACGAGGAGUAUCCAGAGUAUGACGAGACGGCUGACUACGAUGGUGAAGAGUUUGGAGGCGGCAGGGAGUACGAGGGCGGGUUUGAUGAAGAUGAUCCUGAUAUGGAUGAGGAGUACGGGCUGGAGGGCGACGAGUAUACAUAG